AUGAAGCUUGUGAUCGGUGGCUCGACAGGCUUUGUCGCCACAGAGCUGAUCCGCCAAGGUAUCGAGAACCCGGCUAUAACAUCUAUCGUCGCCCUUGGCCGUCGUGAGAACCCCGCACGGCUAGUGAACCCUAAGCUGAAGUUUGUCGUCUGCGACAACUUUGAGAGCUAUCCCGACAGCGUUAAAAAGGAGCUGGAGAAUGCGGAUGGCUGUAUCUGGACCAUUGCAGUGACACCGAUGAAGCUCAAGACCAUCCCGUUUGAGGAGACGUGUAAGAUUUCCCGCGACUACGCUACCGCGGCCAUUCAAGCACUCGAUGUCCUCCGCCACAAGCAAGCUAGACCGCUACGCUUUCUCUACAUGAGCGGCCAUUUUGCCCCCCGCAGCCCGGCUGAGGUACCGAAAGAACUGCAAGACCACGGCCUCAUCAACUACGGCCUAUUACGGGGUGAAGCUGAGACGUUAAUUCUUACAUACGGGGAGAAAUCUGAAGGUGCCGUCCAGUCCUGUGUCGCCAAGCCUGGGCUCAUCGACGCCCCUGGGAGGGAGACGCGGGAGAUCCCUGGCCUCCCACACAUCGACCUGGCCAGAAUUGCAGCAGCUCUGUUAGACCAGGCCAUGAAUGGGUUCGAAAAGAACACACUGAGCAAUGACGACCUGGUUCGCAUUGGACAGAAGGUUCUGGUUAGGCAACAUGAUGCUUGA